AUGGGGCAGGGCACCAAGGGCAGGAAGAAGGAAGGGUUCAUCAUGGAGAACUCUCACCUGCUGAAGACUUUCUGUUCCAAGCAGUUCCUCAUCUUCUUGCUCUGCCAAUCCAUGGUUUCGUUUUGCCUAUUCUCUUUCAUUCGGGGGUCUAGAGGGCAGAGGAUGAAUCUUCAAUCUACCCUGAAGUCGCCCCCAGUAUCUGUGAGCACCAUCAAGGUGGUUCCGGACUCUGUGGAGGAAGAGACAUAUAAACUGGUCAUCCUGCUGUGGACCUGGCCCUUCCAUAGGCCGUUUCCCCUUGAGAGCUGCCCGCCACUCCACGGCAACCUCGACUGCCACUUCACAGUCAACCGCAGCUGGUUGCCAUUGGCCGACGCCGUGAUCGUCCACCACCGGGACGUGCAGGGCAACCCAAGGCAGCUGACCCAGCUCCGCCGCGACCCCAGCCAGCGCUGGGUCUGGUUCAAUCUGGAGUCUCCCACCAACAGCGGCAACCUAGGGGCCAUGGACAACCUCUUCAACAUGACCAUGUCCUAUCGGAGCGACUCUGACUUCUUUACCCCCUACGGCAGGCUGGAACCACUGGAUGAGCCAGAGAACUUCACCAUCCCCCCGAAAUCCAAGAUGGUGGCUUGGGCGGUGAGUAACUGGAACCCGUCCUCCCGCCGGGUACGGUAUUACGAGGAGCUGAAGAAGCACCUCCAGGUGGAUGUGUUUGGGCGCCAACACAAACCACUCCCCGACAACCAGCUCCUCCCCACCAUAUCCCAGUACAGGUUCUACCUGGCCUUAGAGAAUUCCCAGCACCAGGACUACAUCACCGAGAAGCUGUGGCACAACGCCCUGGCCUCGGGCACCGUGCCCGUGGUCCUGGGCCCAUCCCGUAAGAACUAUGAGCGCUUUCUUCCCUCAGAGGCCUUCAUUCAUAUAGACGACUUCCCCAGCGCCCAAGCUCUGGCCCAACACCUCCGCAGGGUGGCCGGUGACGAGGCUCGUUACCGGGAAUACUUCGGGUGGAGGAGCCGUUUCCAGGUGGUGCACAAGUUCAGCUGGAUUGACCAUUAUUGCAAGGCCUGCCAGGGUCUGCACGUAUCCACUGCUUACCGGACAGUGCCUCGCCUGGGACAGUGGUUCCAGGAGGGCUAUCACUGACCCUACCACCAUUUUAGGGAGGCUCAGAAUGCCUCUGCACUCAUCCUCUCCCAGGAAACUCUCCCAGCUGUAUGAGAAGUUGGAGAAUAUGGGAAGUGAUAGAGGUAGAGCCCAGGGAUGGCACAAGAACUAAGACUCCUUCCUACUGGGACAGUACUCAUUUCAGCUGCUGGUCUUCUAAGCAGUCACUCAGGAACCACAUUCUCCUAACUCACAACCUUGGAGAUAACGUCCUCUCUCUGUCUCCUUUGUGCUCCACACACACUCUCUAAUGCAAUCCUGCCUAUUUUUCCUCAGACACAUUUGCCUGAUCUGCCAUUUUCCUUUCUAUCUCCUCAGCCCCGGCGCCUGUUCAAAUCCUGCCCCUGUAUAGCUGAAUUUCAGCUUCAGCCUCUUUACUGGCCUUCCAACCUCCAGCCUCUCCUCUAAUCAAUCUCCUCUUUCUCAUCUUUCUUCAGAAAUGUAUGGUGAUGCUCAAUUGCUUCUCAUAACAAUCUAAAAAGUCAGACUAAUAAUAAUAAAAAUGAGCGUGGCAUUUUUUUAUUUUA